AUGAAAUAGUAAUUUUUCCAAACAAGGUAAACUCUGCCAUUAAACGACGACAUGGAAGGUGCAAACUUCUGAGUAUCAAAACCCAAGCACUGGGGUUUAGAAGGUAAGCGACUGAUAUUCCUUUCACUCUCACGCAGAAAGACGAGAGAGAGAGAGAGAGAGAGAGGAGAGAGAGAGAAAUGGACGGAGCGUCAUAUCAGCGCUUCCCGAAGGUUAAGAUCCGAGAGCUCAAAGAUGACUAUUGCAAAUUCGUGCUCUACGACACAGACUCCUCCAUGGCUAACGCGCUUCGGCGCGUGAUGAUUGCCGAAGUGCCCACUAUUGCAAUCGACCUCGUGGAAAUUGAAGUCAACUCCUCCGUCCUCAACGACGAGUUCAUUGCUCACCGUCUCGGCCUCAUUCCUCUCACCAGUGAACGUGCUAUGAGCAUGCGCUUCUCUCGUGACUGCGACGCCUGUGAUGGAGACGGCCAGUGCGAAUAUUGUUCAGUCGAGUUUCACCUUCGGGCUAAAUGUAUCACAGACCAAACCCUAGACGUCACCAGCAAGGACUUGUAUAGCUCUGAUCACACGGUGAUUCCAGUAGAUUUCUCCGAUUCCGGAUAUGAAUCCAACGAGCAGAGGGGAAUCAUUAUUGUGAAGCUUCGCCGUGGGCAAGAACUGAGACUAAGGGCCAUUGCUAGAAAAGGGAUUGGCAAGGAUCAUGCUAAAUGGUCCCCUGCGGCAACUGUCACUUUUAUGUAUGAACCAGAUAUUCAUAUCAAUGAGGAUUUGAUGGAAACUUUGACCCUCGAGGAGAAACAGAGUUGGGUUGAAAGUAGUCCUACCAAAGUGUUUACAAUUGAUCCUGUUACCCAGCAGGUUAAAGUGGAGGGCCAAGUUGUGUUUUGAAACAUUUUAUACCCA